CUUUGUGGAACUGCAGUAGCAAAGCAAAGAGAAAAGAAGCAGGCCUGUUGGAAGGGGCUGUGACCCAGCAAUGUGGCGAAGCCUGGCGCUUGCCCUGGCUCUCUGUUUCCUCCCCUGGGGAGGAACAGAGAGCCAGGGCCAAAGUUCCUAUUGUAAGCAACCCCCAACCUGGAGCAUAGGAGAUCAGAAUCCAAUGCUGAACUCCUAUGGUUCAGUGACCGUGGUUGCUCUUCUUCAAGCCAGCUGAUAUGUGUGCAUUCUGCAGGCAUCCGGAUUGGAAGACCUGAGAGUAAAACUGGAGAAAGAAGGAUAUUCUAAUAUUUCCUAUGCUAUUGUUAAUCAUCAAGGAAUCUCUUCUCAAUUACAAUACAUACAUCUUAAAAAUAAGGUUUCAGAGCAUAUUCCUGUUUAUCAACAAGAAGAAACCCAAACAGAUGUCUGGACUAUUUUAAAUGGAGACAAAAAUGACUUCCUCAUAUAUGACAGAUGUGGCCGUCUAGUAUAUUAUCUUGGUUUGCCUUAUUCCUACCUAAGUCUCCCAUAUGUAGAAGAAGCCAUUAAGAUUGCUUACUGCGAAAAGAAAUGUGGAAACUGCGAUCUCAUGACUCUCAAAGAUGAAGACUUUUGCAAAAAUGUAUCUUUGGCAACUGUGGAAAAAACAACAGAGGCUCCACAGCCACAUCACCAUCACAAGCAUCAUCACAAACAUGGGCAUCGACAUCUUGGAAGCGGUCACCUUUCAGAGAAUCAGCAACUAGGAGCACCAGAUACUCCGCCACAUCUCCCUCCUUCAGCCCUUCAUCACCACCAUGAGCACAAGGGUCAACAUAGGCAGGGUCACCCAGAGAGCUGAGAAAUGCCAGAAAGUGAAGGUUUACAACUUUCACUUCUACAAAAGAAGCUCUGUCGAAAGAGAUGCAUAAAUCAGUUACGCUGCAAGUUGCCCAAAGAUUCAGAUUUGGCUCCUAGUAGCUGUUGCUGUCACUGUCGGCAUCUGAUAUUUGAAAAAACAGGGUCUGCAACCACCUGACAGUGUAAAGACAACCUCCCAUCUUUGUGUAGCUGACAGGGACUUUGGGCAGAGGAGAAUGUCAUUGAAUCUUGUCAGUGACGUCGGCCUCCUGCUGUCUGACAAAGUCAGCAGCUUAUGCCUACAGAAGCCAGCACCAAUUGAAGCUGAAAUAUUAAGGCAAAAAAAUGAAAAUGACCUUCAAAUUAAAUACUUAAAAUAGGAUAUACUCCCAAGUCAUUCUAGACACAAUUUCAUUUCCACUAUUUCUAUUAGUAAACCAAAAAUAGAAAUUGGAUUUCUACAAACAUGGAGAAAUUUACUAGAUUGAUUUCCAAAUUUCAAAUUUUAUGUCAUUGAAAUUUUAACCCAAACCAAAUUUUCAUUAUGAGGCAACUGAAAGGUGAUUGUGGCUUUUGGUUAAUAUGUCUUUCUUUUUCUUUUUCCGGCAUUCUACUUGCAUUAAUGAGAACAGAAACAUAAACUAUGACCUAGGGGUUUCUGCUGGAUAGUUGGCAAUUUAGAAUGGAGAAAGAACAACAAAGACACGUUUUCCACUUUUUAUUUACUUAACUCUCAAAACAAUAUUAUCUUUGUUUUUUUAAUCUUACAUUUUUAACUGGUUAAAUCUUUACUUAACACAAGAAUAUUUUGCUAGAAAAGCAUAUAUGACUACAUCUUAAAUAUCCACUUAUACUUUUUUGUAUCCAUGACUCAUAUCUUGAUUUUUACUAUUACAUGUGAUUAAAGCCUUUGUAUUUUGUUUUUUUUUACCUAGCAUAGCAUCACACUCUUCUAAAAUUUCAGUGGCUAUCUUGAAAGAUAUAAGGGGAAGAUAAAGGAAUAUUGUCUAUCUCUAGACUGCUUAGAGAGUAUUUCCAUAAUUAAUGAUGGUACUAUAGGUAAACCAAUCCCUAUAAACCUGAACUCCUUUAUGGUUAAUACUAUUAAGCAAGAAUGCAGUUCAGAAUUGGCUAAGGUGUGGAUUUUUCUAAAUAAACUCAAUAUAAAAAGUUUAAA